AUGAGGCUAACUGUAACUUUUUUCACCAGCAUACUGUCGAAAGUGGUAAAUCAAAUAAACACAUCGGCAGAUUUGAACUGUGGCUUUGAAUCGGCAUGUCAGUGGCGUAAUAUUACUUCUGGAGAAGAUAGUGGUGAUUUCCUGAUAACAAGCAAUGUCAGGGUGGCGAACCACUUCAAUAUAAUUCCUUCGAGAAAUAAUUCAGAUGAGUUAUUUGCAUACACACAUGGACCUUUCGACGGGAUGCAAAAAGCUACUUUAAUUAGCAAUAUUAUAAGCUGUCAGUUAGGCGGUAGCACCUUAAAAUUUUGGUACUAUCGCACAGGUGACUCAGCAACACUGGAAGUGUGUGUACGUCAACCACCAGGAAGCUUGAACACCGCAGAUCUACGAUGCUUUCCUGUCUUCCCCAAAAACUAUGCUCAUCAAUGGUUAUUCAAUGCCGUUGAAUUCCCACCACUUACCCAACCAUUUGAACUUUUGAUACGCUCAAAUUAUAUUCAGCCGUUCGACAUAAUGGCAAUCGACGAUAUCUUCUAUGAUGCCGUACUUUGUGAGAACACCAAUUCUCGAUCAACUGAAGGCGGUGAAAGCAAAUUAACCUUUCUCCGUAAUUUAAAAGGUAAUUUUCUCGACGCCAAUGGAAUUGAUUCAGUGAACAAAAACUUUAUCUCUUUCCUUACGAGUGAACAUCGAAAGAGAUUGUUGCCAGUGUAUACUUCAUCAACAUCACGGAAAUCAAUAUCGAAAUUAACCUUUGGACGUAUCAAUGCUCAGCUCAUUUCACCUUGUCUCUUCACAGAUUGCUCGUUUGACUCUGUUAAUAUGUGCAAUUAUGUAUCUAGUGACGAACUCCAAGAUGAUGAUGAUCUUUUGCUGGAUUUACCUUCGGACAUUACUUCGAAGAAGUGGAGGCUUUCAAAUCAAAAAGUUGCUAAUACCCUCACCGGCAUAAUGAGCGAUGUCAGUGGCGGUGGUUGGUUUAUAUAUGCUGGUGAAACAAAUAAUCCAGCAGCAAUAUUUCUCAUGCGAACGUCAAAAGCAAUAAAUAUCCCUGAAGAAUCACAAGUUAGCUUCUACGUACAUAUGGCUGGCAAAUAUGGUCGUAUACGAGUCUGUUUGGAUUCUCUUCAAAAAUGUUCAUUUGAAAGGAACGGACAAGCGCUGAGUGUGAAAACGAGAAAAUGGAUAAACUUUCAUGUCAAUAUAUCACGAGGAUUCCAUACGAUUUAUUUUGUGGCAGAUAAAUUAAAGAAGAAUUAUGUGAUUGGUCUUGAUAAAAUUCAGUUACUGAUUAAACAUGGCGAAGUUUCUGCUCCAUGUGCACGAUAA